GGUCUCAAAUGUGCUGCUUUCCUGGUUGGACCAUUCAGUGCUUUCCCUAUGAAAAAGGGGCGGAGCUUAAAACCUGACUUCAUCAGACUUUCACCCUGCUUGGAGUGUAACUGUCUUGUUAACAGCUAGUGGUCAAACUUUUGAAUGGUAGUAUAUACAUCAAUAUAUUUUUUUUUAUUCAAAGCUGAAGAUCAUCAGGUGAAUGUGAAGGUGACCUGGGAGAGUUGGAUGGCAUUCCUGUUCUGAGUUUUUCUUUCCUAAAAGAGAUGCCUGUUGGGAAACAAGCAACAUUAAGAGUGAGUACACACAAUAACUUUGUGUCCUGAAGGGAAGACACUCUCAGGAUGAGGGACAGAUUGCAGGAGCUGCAGCUCAGGGCCCAGGAGUUUUCAGAGGUGGCAAAUGACCACGGCAAUCAUUUUUCAGAGGAGGAUGGUGAUGAUGACUCUGUGGUGGUGGGAGGCAUCACCCCACAGGCUGUGGUGUUUGAGGCAGAGCCAAUCAUUGAAAGUUUCCUGACAGAAGCUCAGCAAAUCCGCACUGACAUCUCAACACUUGAAACUGAGGUGCUGAAAAUCACUCAGGAGCAGAAGACCUUAGUGGCAACCAUGCGUCGGUUUAGUGUGAUGAAGAAAGAGAGCAGCUUAACACGGGACAUCAAGAUUCAGGCUGAAAGCAUCCAUCGCCGCUUGGACGCCAUCGCAAAACAAGCCCAAAGAACCGAGGAGCAGCAAGGAAAGGCGGCUGCAGCAACAAGAAUACAGAAGACACAGCACGCAGCUCUGUACAGCAAAUUCAAGCAGGUCAUGCUCCAGUAUAAUGAAGGUCUGCUGAGCAAGCAGGAGCGCUGUAAGUACUUCAUUAUGCGGCAGCUGGAUGUAUUGGGAAAGGAUGUUAAAGAGGCGGAGGUGGAUGAGAUGGUGGCCACGGGAAAAUGGGAGGUCUUCAAUGAGAAUCUGCUGAAUGACGCCAGAAUCACACGCUCCCAAUUAUCCGAGAUCGAACAGCGACACAAGGAGCUGAUAAGCCUGGAGAACAACAUGAAGGAACUCCGAGACCUCUUCCUGGACAUCUUCAUGCUGGUGGAAGAACAAGGGGCUGCCAUUGAGCACAUCCAAACCAAUGUUGAGAGGACACAGGACUAUGUGAUUGUCACUAAAGAGAAGUUCAAAUUGGCAGCCAGGUAUAAGAAGAGAAAUCCAUGCAGGCAGUUGUGCUGCUGCUGCUGCCCUCCAUGGAGAUGCUGUUUGUGACGUUUGAGCCCCGCCAAAUAAGACUGUUGAACAGAGCAACGGGUGAGCAGAGGCAGCCAAGCAUUGAAAACAAUUAGAGGCAAGAAUUGGUAUGGGAAGCACUUGUUUCUUUCAAGAGGGUGUGAAGCGUGUGAUAAUGAAGGGGAUGGUUCAGAGAAAGCACCCCGGCAACACGGUUGCUUAUUGGAGUGCUUCACUUGCAGCUGACAGAGGUCACAAACAAGGCCACUAACCCUGCUGCAUCAGCGAGACUGAUCUUUCACCAUCUUCCACAAAAGAGACUCAUUUUUCUUCCUUCUUCAUUUUUUUUUUCCUGUCAGAGGAACUUCAGUUAAUGAGUGUGGAAUUGUUUCACAAUAAAUGCACUUUAAAAUUUGUA